AUGAACAAGAACGAUGAAUCCCAAACCAGAUCAGCAGCUAUGAAACUGGCAAGCUCCCUCUUCUCCUUCACUGUAAUUAUAUCACUUACCGUGCCUAUUAUUGUCGUCAUUUCUGUUCGGGUUGGCCCAUAUUCCACCGAACCGGCAUGUAACAAACCUGACCCACGAAAUUUGAGAUCCGAUCUAAUGACAGUUAUCAUCAACGGCUACUCGGAAAACCGCAUCCCACAUAUACAAUCAAUCGCCGCCGCAUACUCCGCCUCCCCGUCGAUCGCAGCCGUCAUUCUCCUCUGGUGCAACUCCUCCACUCCACCGCAAACCCUUUCCUCCCUCGCCCAAAACCUCCCCGCCACCAUCCUGCGCCCGCCCUCCUCCAGCCUGAACCACCGAUUCUACCCCUGGGAUAUUAUCAAAACACGGGCUGUCCUCAUCUCCGACGACGACAUCGAACCGAAUCAGAAAUCCAUUUCCUUCGCCUUCACCACCUGGAAAUCGAACCCGGAUCUCAUAAUUGGGUUUUUCGCUAGAUCCCACGCUUAUGACUUGCAAUCCAAAUCAUGGAUCUACACCAUGGAGAAAGAAAAAUACUCGAUCAUACUAACCAAGUUCAUGAUAAUUGACCGUACCCACCUCCAAACAUACACAUGUGAUGAUAAAUACAUCAAAACCAGGCACAUCGUGGAUGAAAUGAACAACUGCGAGGACAUUUUGAUGAACUUCGUGGUGGCGGAAAAUGCAAACAAGGGCCCAUUAUUGGUGGAAGCAAAAGGGGGUGUAAGAGACUACGGAGAUGCCAGAAACGACGACGGAUUACGAGUGAGCGAGGUGGGGUUGAGCAGUAGGAUAGGGGAGCAUAGAAAACGAAGAGGGGAAUGUAUAACAGAGUUUCAUAGAUUGUUGGGAAGAAUGCCAUUGAGGUAUAGUUAUGGAAUGAUGGUUAAUUCAGUUGGGGAACAGGGAUUGUGUGUGAAAGGUGAGAAGCUGGUGCCUUGCGAUCAACAGAUUUUUUAA